AUGGAUAAUCGAACUCAAGUUACCGAAUUCAUUCUUUUAGGAUUCAUUGGCAAUCCCUGGCUUCAGAAGUUACUCUUUGUCAUUUUUUUGUUUGCUUAUUUGAUCACCCUUAUUGGCAAUGUAAUGAUUAUUUUGGCUAUAAGAGCUGAAGCGCAUCUUCACAUCCCCAUGUAUGUCUUCCUUUCAUACUUAGCACUUCUUGAUAUUGCUUUUUCCUCAGUCACAGUUCCAAAAAUGCUACAAGACUUCCUUUCUGAGAGAAAAGCUAUCUCCAUUCAACAUUGCUUCACCCAGGUCUUCUUUAUUAUGUGCCUUUCAGUGGGAGAGGGUCUUCUUCUUUCUGUGAUGGCCUAUGAUAGGUUUAUAGCUGUGUGCCACCCCUUGCAUUAUACAGUGAUGAUGAGGAAAGAAGUUUGUGCUGUCCUGAUUGGUAGCGCCUUGUUCAUUGGCUUUCUCUAUGCUCUAUUGAACACUCUUCUCUUAAAAACUUUACAGUUCUGUGGGACCAAUGCCAUUCAUCACUUCAGCUGUGAGGCACCACAACUAUUCAAACUUUCCUGUAGCAACACCUUUGCAAACCAAAUGGUAAUUUUUACUCUUGGUUCAUUAUUAGGGAUGGGGGCUCUACUCAUUAUACUGGCCUCCUAUAGUCUUAUCAUCUCUUCUGUUUUAAAGAUCCAGUCCAUGGAAGGGAAACGCAAAGCUUUCUCCACUUGCACAUCUCACAUGAUUGUUGUUUUGCUUUAUUAUGGAACCAUUUUUUUUAGAUAUCUGAAGCCAACCUCCAAAGAUACUGGUAAUCAGGAAAUUGCUCCAUCUAUUGUUUACUUCAUUGCAACACCAAUGCUAAAUCCCAUAAUCUACAGCCUCCGUAAUCAAGAAGUGAAAAGGGCAUUUGUUAAGAUAAUACAGAGCAGACAACAAUGA